AUGACAUCGGAGCAACGAGAUGCCCCCUCCCUCAGAUGUACGUGGGACGGGGAGCCAAGUACUUGGAACGAUUUUUGCAGGAAGGUGAGGCUCGCGUUUGAACAAACGCCUCGCAGAAAGCGGCAUUUGUUAGCUCCUCGAAUCGUCAGUGACUUGACAGGACGCGCUUGGGCAAUAACUGGAGACUUGAGCCACAAGGAGUUAUGCCGUCGUGACGGCGUGAUAUAUCUUCUCCAGUAUUUGAAGGAGUCCUUGGGCAGACUUCCCGUGCCUGACAUUGGUGUUCGACUCGAGGCUUUGAUGCUGCGGCUCCGGAGAUCUCCUGUGCAGAGUAUGGCCACCUGGGCAGCUCACCUUCGACUCCAGUACCGUCACUUGCAGGUUGCCCUUUCGCGAGUGCGAACCAAGGCCGGGGAGAAACCAAGGUCUGGUGGGAAGCAGGCUUCGACUCCUUCUGUGCCUUCCUCUCCUGCGAGAAGGGUAAGUGUGGCAACCGAGGAGGAGCCGCAUGCUGAGACCCAGGUCGCAGAAGAAGAUGAUCAAGUGACCAUUGGCCCAGGCCUUGACGAAGCUCGGGACGACGAGAUCGAGCUGCAGGAAGAUGUCUCCACCCUUAAGAGACGACCUCGCAAGGACUCAGACAGCGAUGAUUCGGCCAAGGCCCUGGAGGACAUCCAACUGUGGGAGGCGCACGAAGAGCAUCUUCCCGAGGUGUUGCCCUCGGAGGUGUUGGGGUGGCUCCUCCUACGACGAGCUGGCCUGACCAGCCAACAGAGACUGUCUGUCCAGGCGGCAGCUGGCAAUAGCCUCAAGUUGGACGCCAUCGAGAGAGCUCUUCGGGGAAUGGAGGAAGAGCUCCUGCAGAAUGAGUACCAAGGCAAGGGAGGAAGAGAUCCCUCUCGCCGGCGCACUUACUGGGUGGAAGAGGCUGGACAUUGGUCUCUCCUGCUUGGAGAGUCUGCUGAGCUUGAUGACUUGGUGGACGGCGGGGAGACGUUGUAUGUUGGCGAAAGACUUCCCCAGCAGGUGUACUACGAGGCGCCGGCUAUGUGUGGCAUUCUUCCGAAGCUUGGGCGGAUCAGGAGAUGCCGGAACGACGACGUCGACCUAGCCGACCUCACCCCGGAGGAGCAGAAAGAGGUUGACGAGGCUUUCGCCAUUGCAGAGCAGAAGAUGCGAAGCUUUGUGCAGGCCAGGAAAGAAGGGCAAGGGGAAGGGCAAAGCAAAGGGGACCGCCUCCAGCAGCACUUCAUGUCGGAGGGCUUCCUGGGCGCUGCUGUUGGAGAUCCUUCCUACACAGGAUGUUUCAUCUGCGGCGACAAGGGACAUGACUUUAGAAGCUGCCCCAAGAGAUCGUCUGGGAAAGGCUCGAAGGGCAAGAAAGGAGGUCAAGUCCACUUUGUGGAUGCAAUGGUCUUCACUGUGGAGGAAGUUCCUGAUACUGGAGAAUGUUUCCAGAACCUUGGCGACAUCGAGCAGCCGGUGCCAGAGAGCGAGAUGGCUGGCUACGCGGUCAUUGACAGCGGGGCGACGGCGACCGUGUGCAGCGUGCCAGCAUUGGAGGCUCUGGUGAAUCUCAAGGAGGUCCAGCAUGGUAAACCUGUUGGCCUGGAGGUGACUCGUGAGCCGGUGAAGCGUUUUAAGUUUGGCAAUGGUGAGCAUGCGUAUGCAUCCUCGUAUGUGCUGCUGGACCAGGUGCUUGGUGAGCGCAAGAUUCAACUAGGGAUGUUCACUUUGGAUGUGGAAGGAGUGCCUGUGUUGUUGGGAAUGAAAACGUUGCGGAGGCUGAAGGCGAUCAUCGACUUUGACCGAUGCCUGGUGGUCUUUGCUGCGGUCAACCCCAACCUGGCUAUUGGCCUGCGGCGGAGCCGAACAGGGCACCUUCUUUUGGAUCUCACCCAGGAUUGGCUAUCCCAAGGAGUGCACCUGGAUCAGAUAGGAUCUGAGUUGAAGCUUCACCCUGAGAUCCUCUGUGCUGAGAUCAAGGAAAAUGAGGGCGUCUCUGCAUUCAUGGUUGUUGAAGAUUCGCAUGUCCCUGACGCCACAGAUCUCUUGGUGCAUGUUGAGCCUCAGACUUCUCAGUUGCCAGUGGAUGUACUUGCAGUUCAGAAGCGUGCGGGAGAGCCAGCCCUUGCGACUGUUGUUGAGAAGUCUGUUGCUACUUCGCAGCGUAUCAGGUCUCAGACUCCUUCCCGUAUGAGUACCUUGAAAGCCUUGCUCGCUUUUGCUGCUCUCCAUGGCGCAUGUGUCGGGAACGGCUCCACCUACGACAAAGGCAUCCUCGACUCCUCCAGCUGUGGUCAAGGCAGCUCCGAAAACAAAGUCGAAGGCCAAGAAGGGUGGCACGGCCCUCCAUGCUUCGGGAAUCACACCCCAGCUCCAUGCUACAAGGGGUCGCCCAGCGGAAGCAACCAAUAUGGGUCGUGGACCGCCUGCUCCAAGUGUCUGCUUCGACUGACUUAUGUUCCUCGACAAGGGCAGCACGGGAUCUACCGGCGGUCAGCACCGUUGGCUGCAGAUGUCAAGGAGAGUGCCAAAGUCAGGAAGUACCAGAGAGUGGUGCGACAUUUGCUGCUCCUUUCCAGAGAAGCCUUCGAGAAAGGCCAAGAGGUGGUGUGGCUGACUCAUCCUGCCUCUCAGGUAUGGAAGCUUCCUGAGGUGGUGGCCUUCUGGAAAACAAAUGCACAUGGGCCUCUGGCAGUGGGCAAUGAGGUUGUGCGGUUGACCAGUACCAGCGCAGCCAUCCAGAACACCUUCUCCACUACCACGGCUGAGGGCUUCUUUCAGGUUUUAGACACAAAAGACCAGGACCGAUCAGCCAGCCAGAACACCUUCUCCACUACCGGCAAGGGCUCCUCAGAAAGUAUCUGGUCAUGGUUGUCACGUUCGAUCGCACGCAGGCAUGGCGAUCUGAUGUGGACCGAGGAUGGAGAGCUCUACCCCAUUGAGACGUCUGUGUUGGAGACCCUUGAGCCUUCAAAACUUCAGAAGCUGUUUGAGGAUGUGCGGAAGCUUCAUCGUCGCUUUGGGCACCCGUCAAACCGUCUGUUGGUGAAGAACCUGCAAGCGCGCAAUGCGGACCCUCUGGUGAUAGCGGCGGCAUCUCAGCUGGAAUGUGACGAGUGCCUUGAGGGGCGCAUCAAGAUGCCGAGCCCAGCGGUGAACCUGGAGCGCACCGAUCGACUGUGGUCGUGCUUGCAGGUGGAUGGCUGGGACAUGAAGUUCAACGGCAUGCUUCACCACUUCCUCCUUCUGGUGGAUGGGCAAGAGGUUCUUGACAUCAUCCAAGAGGCCUGGAUCCAGUACUUUGGCUACCCCGAGACCAUCAAAAUGGACCUUGAGGGAGCCCAUCGCUCCAAGAAGCUUCGGGAGUACUUCCUGGAGCAUGGGAUUGACUUCGUGCCAGCGCCGGCAGAGCAUCACGAAUCUAUUGCUCAAGCCGAAAGAUCAAUCGGCAUUUUGCGCUCCAAAACGGAGGCAUUCCUCAGAGGAACGCCAGUGGACCCCAAGCAGGCAGCCAUCGCUAUGAUCGCAGCUCACAACUGCUUGGCAAGAGUGCACGGAUUUUCUCCGUUACAAUGGGCACUGGGCAGAGAUUGGUCCCCAGGAGGUCGUUUGAUGGAGUCCGACCACGAUGAGGUGACUCUCACUCAGCCUUCAUCUUCGUCGUGGCAGCCCCGGAGAGAUGCUGAGAAGGCAUUUCUUGAGCACCGGGCACGCGAGCAGGCUACUCGAGCCAGCAACACUCGUACUCGGGACCACGUGAAGUACCUCCCUGGAGAUCUCAUCUUUUAUAGACGCCACCAGCGCCCUGCAGAUUUGCCAGCAAAUAACAUGUUGGAUUACCCGAGGCUUCGAACUGCAAGGUGGUAUGGGCCAGCCCGUGCUUUGGCUUGUGAAACCAAAGUGGAUGGCACAUCUCGCCGGCCAUCUGCCAUGUUGUGGGCGAUUGCUGCUGGACGUCUCAAAAAGUUCCAUGCUACCCAGGUGCGUCACGCGUCGGAGGCUGAAAAGAUGGUGAGCAGUGCAGCCGGCGCCACAACCUUUCUUUGGACGUUUUCUUCCUUGACUUCUCUGCUGCAGAAGGGGAGCUAUGACGACGAGACCAAGCCUCGGCGCCGAACGUGGGGAAGAUCUUCUCGUGUCAAGGCUAAGUCUCGAGAGUCUAAGGAAGAGUCUGCUGCACCCCGAAGAAGGACUGUUCCCUCUGGCGCCCCGCAGCAUGUACGCGAUGCCCCUUCUGAUGAGGAGAUGGUUCCGGACAAGGAGGAGAGGUCCAAACGGCCUUUGUCAGAUGCCCAGGAGGACGAGCUGGACGUGGAUCGGCUUCUUGAGGAUGUCACGUACCUUCCUCCCGGACCCCAAAGCUUGUUCAUGGUGAAGCAUGUUCAGAAGGGCGUGGAAGUGGCUUACCACAAGUUGAAUGAGAAGCAGAAGGAGGCCAUGAAUGCGGCUAAGACUGUCGAGUUGGAGUCUUGGUUAGGCAACAAGGUCGCCAAGGCUGCUUGCCCUUCCAUCACAGAGGAUCAAUGCAUGCGUAUGCGGUGGUUGUACACCUUCAAAGCAGCAGGGGACGAACCUUCCGAAAAGGGGAAGGUCAAGGCUAAGGCAAGAAUAGUGGUCUUGGGGUUCUCCGACCCCUCGUUGUUGGAAAGAACCACAUCGAGCCCGGCAAUGUCUCGGCUGAGCAAGAUGUUGCUCCUGAACCUGGCAAGCUCACGGAGAUGGAAGAUACUUGCCGGCGACGUCAAGACGGCUUUUCUUCAAGCGAAGCCACCUGAGAGAUUGCAUCCUCUGUACGCCAAACCUCUCCCGGAGUUGGCCGAGGCCAUGAAGCUGAGCGAGGGCCAGAUGAUAGAAUUGUUAGGUUCUGCAUACGGCUUGACAUCAGCUCCCCGGGAAUGGUUCGAUGACUUCUCCUCCACCCUGCGGAAACUUGGAGCCAAGCAGAGCAAAUGCGACCCCUGCUUGUGGACCAUCGUGGACAGCGAGGGCGUGGUUCGAGGUCUUCUCGGAGUUCAUGUUGAUGAUGUGCUGUUCUCAGGGGAUGAAGGGUCGCAGGUGUGGACAGCUUUCCUCCACGAGCUGCAUGAUUCUUACAAGUGGGCCUUGUGGGAAGCCGAAAACUUCUUGCACUGCGGCCUCCGGCUACAACAGUUUGCGGAUGACUCCGUGAUGCUUGACCACUCUGAGUUUUGCAGCAACCUGAGCCAAAUGCCAUCAAGGGCGAAGGGAGACGAAUCCCUUCUGAGUGAUAAGGAGAUGAGCCAGGCAAGGGCCAUCUUAGGGUCGGCCCAAUGGAGGGUCACCCAAUCUGGACCCCAGCAUGCGGCGGAGCUGAGCUACCUCCAGAGCUUCCUGGCUUCCCGACACUACUCUGCCGUGGACCAGGUGAACAAGCUUGUCAGAGAGAUCUACGCUUCCCGCCACGUGAGUGCUCGAGUCCAACAGCUCAACUGCGAGUCUCCUGAGCGGUUGGUGAUGGUCGGCUACAGCGAUGCUUCCUUGGCCAACAGACCGGAUGGUUCUUCGACUGGGGGUCACAUCUUCGGUUUCAUGCAUCCGGAUGACUUUUCCCGCGGCAACGGCAAGUUGAACCCCAUCGGGUGGAAAUCAGCAAAGCUGAGCCGGGUGGCACGGUCAAGUUUGUCGGCGGAGGUCCAAAGCCUGGCUGACCUUGAACAGGAGAUGAUGCUGGCUCGUUUGACGUGGUGUGAGCUGCUGGGAAGAGAGGUUGACUUGUCUGAUCCAGCAACCUCUGUUCGACAGGUCCCUGCGGCGAUGAUCAUUGAUGCCAAGGCCGUUUACGAUGUUCUGGACAGGGACACGGUGCUCUCUGCGACAGUGGGGAUCAAGGACAAGUACUCUGCCCUCGAGUUGGCCGCCUUACAGCAGCACAUCUCGCAGCAGGGCACUCUGGUACUGUGGUGUGACUCGGACCGCCAGCUGGCAGACGGCCUCACUAAGAGCUCCAAGCAGGAGGUCAUAAAAUCGUUCCUGAUUACUGGAACUUGGCGGCUGAGGAUGGACGGAGCGUUCAUCUCAGCUAAGAAACGCAAGUCCAUGGAGAAGGCUCAUGAACAUCGUGACGAUGCAUGA